GAAUAACUUUCUCUUCAUCCGCCACUGCCAACCCUUCCACACAACUACGACGUGGACACACCCGCCAAAGACUACACCGCCGCAGACGUGUGUCACGGGUUCCGUCCGCCCCGAUGAAAAGCGUGGUACAAACUGCAGCACCUCAACGUGGCUAAGUACAGCGGAGAAAAAUCUGGGCCUGGAAAGGCAAGCUGCCGCUACGAAGGAGGACUUGGUCCCGAACGGCGACGAAAUUGGCGGAAAUGCUGCUCGACGUAAAAAAUCUGCCGUGUACAACUACCAUAUCUGGAAUCGGAGGUCUGCCUCCGCGCCGUUUCAUCCUCGCGUCCCGCUGACGCUGCCGGAUAAGUACAGCUGCUAAUGGAAUCCACA